CUGAGCUGUAUUCUGCUUGUUUUGUUUACUAUAUAUCUCUUCUGUGAUACAAUCCCCUCGCGAUUGUUCGGUGAGACAUCAAGUAGAUCCUAGGUUCCUGAAGCCUGCCAAAUCAGAUUACAGCCAUGAAGGGACUACAAUGCAUUGCAAUCCUCGGCCUAGGCCUGUUCGGUCUUGUCUCCGCCACCUCCAAUGACUCUAUCAAGGAGCGCGAUAUCCCAUUCGACCUGAAUGGUUCUAAGUUUGUCUAUCCCUGGCCCGUGAAGCUCUAUCAAUUCGAGACGCAAAGAAAACAGAGGCUCGAGAUGGCCUUCAUGGACGUUGCGCCAACGGGUCCACCUAAUGGCAAGACCGCCGUGCUCCUGCAUGGCAAAAACUUCUGUGGACCAACUUGGAAGGAGACCGCGGACAAGCUUACUGCAGCUGGCUAUCGCGUCAUUCUCCCUGACCAGAUUGGCUUCUGCAAAUCAUCCAAGCCAAAAACGUACCAAUUCAGUCUGCAGCAGUUCGCAAUGAACACAUUAGGUCUGCUGAAAACCCUCGGCAUCGAUAAGGUUACUCUCAUCGGCCAUUCAAUGGGCGGCAUGCUCGCCACGCGCUUUUCCUUGAUGUAUCCUAGCAACGUGACGGAGUUGGUUCUGACGAAUCCUAUCGGUCUCGAGGACUGGAAAGCUCUUGGCGUACCAUAUAUCAACACUGACAUCUCGUGGGCCAACGAGCAAGCAAGCACCUAUAACUCUAUCCGCGGCUACGAACAGGCUACCUACUACGUGGGAACCUGGGCUCCAGCCUACGACACCUGGGUGAAUAUGCUUGUCGGAAUUUACUCGGGAUCCAAAGGCAUUGAUUACGCCUGGAACCAGGCUCUUGUUGUUGACAUGGUUCUCACACAGCCAGUCGUUUAUGAGUUUCAUCUCUUGAAGCCAAAGACGCUCCUGCUCAUUGGUGCCAAGGAUAACACCGCCAUUGGGGCUCAGUGGUCUCCCCCGGCAGUUCAGGCAAUACUAGGCCACUACGAUGUACUUGGUCCACAGGUUGCUGCGAUGAUUCCCAACGGAAAAUUAAUUGCGUUUCCCGACCUUGGCCACGCGCCACAGAUUCAAGCCCCAGAUAGGUAUCACGAAGCACUCAUGGGAUGGCUAAAAACCGCAUAAUGGACAAGAUGCGACGCCUGUUGUUUACAGAGCUUGGUGUUGCUGGGUUUUAGAUGUUUGCAAUGUAAAUAAAUCAGAUAAACUUCUUAGUCAAAUCAGACAGUCUCCCCCAGAGGAUACAUAGUACCCACGUAUUUUUCCCCGG